ACAAAGCAGGAUGUGAAGAAAUGGUAUCAAUGCUAUCACAGCAGCACAUAUCCUAUUACCAAAUUUAUGCAAAUGGAUACUGUGAAUGAGUCAGUGGGAUCUGUAGUGAACACCAACAAAUCACCUAUGGCUCAUAGUACACUCAUGGAAUCAAUUCCAAGUGAGGAUUCAACAAAUGAUUCCAGGAUCCCUACAGAAUAUUCUUACAGUGUUGGACAUAUUAGCCAUAUCCCCCGCAUCCCACCAACUCCCACUACAUUUACUAUACCUUCCGUACUGAAUGCCAAUAAGUCUGAUUCUAAUGAAGAUCCUAUUUUUGGAAUGAUAAAACUUGGUGGCAAUGAUGUAUGUUAUACUAGUGGCACAAUUGAGUGGGUUGGUAGAAAAAGAACAUUUCCAUUGAACACUGGCUUCAAAAUUCUAGAUAAACAUACAGAUGCCACUGAAAAUUUACCAAAGAAAGUUAGGAAAACAAAUGUGACAUUUAUACAUGAAGGUGGCAGCAAGGAUUGUGAAUGUGCAGAUGUUUUGCCAACUGUUAAUGCUAUUGUUGAUCAUUUAAAUGCUCUCCAUGAAGCAGUUGAUCUUGUUGAUCUGAGACUUUGCACAGUUGAAGAUGUUGUAAGCAAGAAUUAAUUAAUGUUUAAUGACAUAAAAUGAAAAAUUUUAUUAAAAAUAUUGUUUAUUCAUAAAAUAUG